AUGGAUGUGAGGAGAGCUUUGGCUUUUUCAGCGCUGAUGCUCAGUGUGCCGACUUCAGCAUCCAGAGUGCUUGGUGGCCAACACAUAUGUAAGCGGGGCACAAACAAGCCCUGCUACAAAAUUGGCUACUUCGAGGAGAACUGGCGUAAGCUAAAUUUUGAAGAGGCGCAGCGGGCAUGCAGGAGCGACGGAGGAGACCUGCUCAGCAUCGAAUCAUUGGCUGAGCAGAGUCUCAUCGAGGGCUUUAUUCAGGAGCUGAAAGCUUCAGAUGGUGACUUUUGGAUCGGUCUACGCAGAACGUCAAACUAUGAGGAGAGUAGCAUUGAUUGCACAUCUCAGUACUCCUGGCUGGAUGGCAGUCAAUCAAAUUUCAGGAACUGGCACAUGGAUGAACCCUCCUGUGGUUACGAGGUGUGUGUGGUGAUGUACCACCAACCAUCAGCUUCUUCAGAUGAAGGAAACAGGUACAUGUUUCAGUGGAAUGACGACAACUGUGAGACAAAGAACAAUUUCAUCUGCAAGUAUACCAAAGGUGUCUUUAAAACGGCAACAACGACGGUGAUGACGACAACAACAACAGAAGUAGCCAAGAAUCCCUCAGUGACGGUUCAUGAUGAUGGGAUGAGCGUUGCGACUACUGAAUACACAGAUAAUGUAAUCAACAUCAUUUACAUUGUUCUCCCAACGAUACCUCUACUGCUGCUCCUGAUCGUCGCAAAUGGAGUUUUCUGCUUCAAGCUGUUCACAAAAAGAAGAAAGCAAACAGAGACUCCUGCAGAUAAGCAUGGAACCUGGGUCCCAGGAGAACGAAGCAGCAGCCCGAGUCCAGAUGUGUACAAAGUGAUCCGAAGGCAGCAUGAGACCGACCUGAGUGACACCCGGCCUCACACCAAGAACACCUCGUUUCUGGGCUCUUCCCCAGACACACCGACUGAAGAGUACGACAAUCUGGGAGGCCACGACACUGAGAGUGGCUUCGUCACACUGGCCAGUACAGAGAGUGGCUUCAUGACCAAUGACAUCUACGAACCCUACCAGAACCGUCCCAGCACCAGGUACCACAGAGAACACAGCUGGCUGGAUAACGAGCUCUACAGUUACUGA